AUGGCCAUCACUGUGACAUCUCUACAGACCAUCGUCUCCACAGGGGCCUCGGCAACUCAGACCUCAACCCUCGCGACGACGUUGACCAUCACACCGAACCCGCUGACCACAGCCUUUGAGCCGCCGUCUUACUGCACCCAGAGCUACCUCUCAAAUUGCCAGACCGACGCCGUCUCCGGGAAGCUACCAUGCUUUGUCUCCGUCUACCCCGAGGGGGUGUGCGAUAGCAACGGCCAGUCCUGUUAUCCUCCAGUCCCAGGCGUGCUGGACAACACGUAUCUGUACUCGCCCGGUCUGAGCUGUCCGAGUGGGUGGUCGACCGCGUGGAAGGAGGUCCGGACGCCCGGCGGCGAAGAUGAAGAGACCACGGCGCAUUGCUGCCCGACCGGACUCACUGUCACGACAUACGGGAUUUACUCAACCUGGUGCGAGGGGACAGUCACCGCAGGCGAGGAGACGAUGAUCGUCAACGGCCUGUCGCAGUGCCCCUCCUCGACGACAGCCUUCACCUUCGGCCCGGACAACGCCGUCCAGCUAACCUGGGUCAACGUCGACUCGACGACCAUGUCCAUAUCCGGCGACGCCGUCUUCACCGUCUCAGCCGAGCGCGUCGCCCUGCUCUACCGACCGUCCGACGUGGCAGCCGCAGGGGCCUCAGCAAGCGCCGGCAGCGGCUCACCGGGCUCAAACUCGGGGUCAUCCGGCUCGGGCUCGUCGGCCUCGGGGUCAGACUCGGGCCUGUCAGCCGGCGCGGUAGCAGGCAUAGCCAUCGGCGCCGCGGCGGUCGGUAUAAUCGCCGUCCUGGCCUUCUUCUGGUUCUUUCUCCGCCGUCGCAACGGCGCCCCGCGUCGCGCCGUGCAAUAUGAGGCUGGAGACGUUCACCCCGCGCCGGGGGCAGCUCACCUGGCGAGCCAUAUCCCUACCGGAGCUGAGCAUGAACUGAAAGCCACAAACUCCGUGGCCACGCGUCAGGUAUCUGGAACCCACCCUGCACCGAACGCAACGGAGCUCCAGGGCAGCACACCCCACGCGCCUCCAUGGGCGCCCGCGUCACAGCAGCAUGGCGAGGCGGGUAUGAACUCGUCACAUGGCGGCGGAAUGCCCGGCCCCGGGGAGGUCUCGACCUCGAAUGACUAUCAUCAGCUCUCGGGAACCUUUGAAAGAGGCCAGGGCGUCAUGGAUAACUCGAGGCAGAACACGCCUGUCUACCUUGUGGGCCGUGGUGCCGGGGGGGAGGGGGUAUCCGCCGGAGAAGGGGAGCGGGUGGUGAGUGUAAUGUGUACGAAGGGAAGAUAA